ACGGAAGAGAAAGGGGUGGAGCCGGAGGUGGUGCAUCCGAGGAGGGAGGAUCUGAGAGCUCCUGACCCCGGCCAUGACCAAACAUGUGUUCUUAACGGGGCCCCCAGGGGUUGGAAAAACCACACUAAUCCAGAAAGCCAGUGAUGCUCUCAGAUCACUGGGUGUGCCUGUUGAUGGAUUUUAUACAGAAGAAGUCAGACAAGGCGGGAGAAGAAUAGGAUUUGAUGUGGUCACACUGUCUGGAUUGAGGGGUCCUUUGUCUAGAGUUGGGUCAGAACCUCCCGCUGGAAGACGGGAAUACCGAGUGGGGCAGUAUGUGGUCGACCUUAUUUCUUUUGAGCAGUUAGCUCUCCCGGUGUUGAAAAAUGCAGAUGCUGGUCACAGCCCUGGAAAGAGGGUGUGUAUCAUUGAUGAAAUUGGGAAAAUGGAACUCUUUAGUCAGACUUUCAUUCACGCUGUGCGUCAGACUCUCUCCAGCCCAGGGACUGUGAUUUUUGGCACGAUACCGAUCCCUAAAGGAAAGCCAUUGACACUCGUGGAAGAAAUAAGAAACAGAAAUGAUGUUAAGGUGUUCAAUGUUACAAAGGAAAACAGAGAUAGCCUUUUACAAGAAAUCGUGACAGCCGUGCAGAGUUGCCGAAAGUAAAGCUUGUUUGUGCGGAAUGCUUUCCUGUCAGCUAAGUAGUGGAACUUUGAAGGAUAAAGGUGCUGCUGGAUUCAAGAUGGACAAAUGUUCAAAUCUUCAAAAAGGGGAAGACAGUUUUAGAACUUGCAAACUAGAGGGCAGUGAACUUGAUGUUGAUAUCUGGCAAAAAAUUUUUAAUAAAAUUACAGUUUGAACUUG